GGCGAGAGUGGGCGACCUCAUAUAGCUUGCGCGGGAGGUGGUUCCUUUAUUUGUUGUUGGUACUCGGCGUGACAGUGACGUGCCAGGGAACAACAUGCGUAUAUUACUGAUAUGUAUACUGUGCACAGUCACAGUUUUAGCGCAAUAUGACUCACCCACGCCACAGAGACUGCAAAUUCCCGGAGCAAUUGCUGUAGGCGGACCUACAAGACAAGGAGGCUUCAGACAAGGAAGAAUACAGGCGCCGGUACCUGGACUAAGGAUAAGGAGACCUCAAGGAAGGCCGUCAUUUAAAUCUGUAGAUGCUUCCCCACGGCCUAGUCUUCAGUCACUCGAUGAACCUUCCAAACCUGUCACUGAAGAACCUGAAGAGGAUUUAGAAAUCAAUACUCCCACUGCAUUUUCGCCCAAUAUUUUCUCAACAUCUGAGCCUCAGAACGACUUCUUUGAUAUUAUAACCACAACAUCUCAACCUAAACCGCCGAUUGUUUUUAAUCCAGCACCAUUCCCGCAGUCAACACCGUCAGUCGCGAGACCAGAGCCUAUCAGGCCAACACAGUAUAGGCCUUUGUUAGUACCACAGUCAUUUAACCCAAUAAGAAAUGAAUCACCUAAGCCCCAACCAGUAAGACUGCAACCCCUAUCGAGUAGACCUCAACGGCCUAUAUUCAGGCCAGAACCGAAACCAUUUAUCGAAGAAGAAGAACAAAUACAGCCUAUUAGACAAUACACACGACCACAAGAACCCAUCAACCGUGCUCCUGUAAAGAGCGCACCUCAAAGAUACAUCCCAUCGAACCCUCGAGAAAAGAAGCCUGUUGCACAAAUUAUUCGAAAAUACAGAGACGAAAACGAAGAUGGAAGCAUUACUUGGGGUUUUGAAAAUGACGAUGGAACUUUUAAAGAAGAGACAAUAGGAGUUGAUUGCAUCACACGUGGGAAAUACGGAUAUGUUGACCCAGACGGUUUAAAACGCGAAUACAAUUAUGAAACUGGCAUUGCCUGCGAUAAGACCAAAGAACAACAAGAAGAAAAAGGUUUCAUAGAUUAUCAAGAAAAUAAAGCUGUACUACCUAAUGGAAUCACAAUUGAUCUCGCUGCCAUGGGUAAGAAAUCCAAAAGGCCAUUCAGAUCACCUGUAAAUCACUAGGAUUAAGUAAUUUUAUAUUUAUUUUAGGGAAAAUCUAAUUGUAAGGACGUUUUAGUUAUGUCGUGAUUGAUGCAUCAGUGUUUUGUUAAAUACCUAGACGCAAUAUCAUCUCAAUCGUUUGACCGAUUGAGGGCAAGUGAAAUUAAAAAAAAUAAUUAAAA